AUGCAGGCUCCGGUGGUGGUGAUGAACACCAAUGCCGGCGACCGUCAGGUCGGCCGCCGUGCGCAGUUGUCUAACAUCACUGCGGCUAAGACUGUUGCGGAUAUCAUCCGGUCAUGUCUCGGACCCAAGGCGAUGUUGAAGAUGCUGCUCGACCCUAUGGGUGGUAUUGUUCUGACCAACGAUGGCCACGCUAUCCUGCGAGAGAUUGAAGUGUCGCACCCCGCGGCCAAGAGCAUGAUCGAGCUCAGCCGUACCCAGGACGAGGAGGUUGGAGAUGGCACCACAACGGUUAUCAUCCUUGCCGGUGAAAUGCUGGCCCAGGCCCUCCCCCAGCUCGAGCGUAACAUCCACCCCGUCGUCAUCAUCCAGGCUUUCAAGCGUGCCCUCGCAGACGCCCUCCAGAUCGUCGAGGAGGUUUCGACACCCGUCGACAUCACUGAUGACAAGGCCAUGUAUUCCCUUAUCCAGUCCUCUAUCGGAACCAAAUUCGUGUCUCGGUGGUCGGAUCUCAUGUGUAGCCUCGCCCUGGCCGCUGUGCGCACAGUCUCUUUCGACGUUGGUGGUGGAAAGCAGGAAGUAGACAUCAAACGUUACGCCCGUAUUGAGAAGAUCCCCGGUGGUCAAAUUGAGGAUUCCGAAGUUAUUGAUGGUGUGAUGGUCAACAAGGAUAUCACGCAUCCCAAGAUGCGUCGGAGAAUCGAGAAUCCCCGUAUUCUUCUGCUUGACUGCCCUCUGGAGUACAAGAAGGGUGAAUCCCAGACCAACAUUGAGAUCUCCAAGGAAGACGACUGGAACCGCAUGCUCCAGAUUGAGGAGGAGCAGGUCAAGCACAUGUGCGAGGCCAUCCUUGCUUUCAAGCCCGACGUCGUGAUCACUGAGAAGGGUGUUUCCGAUCUCGCGCAGCACUUCCUGAUGAAGGCCAACAUCACAGCCCUCCGCCGUGUGCGAAAGACCGACAACAACCGUAUUGCCCGUGCCAGUGGCGCCACCAUCGUCAACCGUGUCGACGACAUCCAGGAAUCCGAUAUUGGUACCGGCUGCGGUCUGUUCGAGAUUGAGAAGAUUGGUGACGAGUACUUCACAUUCAUGCGCCAGUGCAAGUCCCCGAAGGCCUGCACAAUUCUUCUGCGUGGUCCUUCCAAGGAUAUCCUGAACGAGAUUGAGCGCAACCUGCAGGAUGCCAUGUCCGUUGCCCGCAACGUUAUCUUCCACCCCCGCCUGUCCCCCGGUGGUGGUGCCGUCGAAAUGGCCGUCUCCGUGAAGCUCAGCCAGCUCGCCCGCUCCAUUGAGGGUGUCCAGCAGUGGCCCUACAAGGCCGUUGCCGAUGCCAUGGAGGUUAUUCCCCGUACAUUGGCCCAGAACGCUGGUGCCAGCCCCAUCCGUGUGCUUACCCGUCUGCGUGCCAAGCACGUUGAGGGCCACACCUCUUGGGGUCUGGACGGCGACUCUGGCAACCUGGUCGAUAUGAAGGAGUACGGUGUUUGGGAGCCCGAGGCUGUCAAGCUCCAGAGUAUCAAGACCGCUGUCGAGUCUGCUUGUCUUCUCCUCCGUGUCGACGACAUCUGCAGUGGAAAGUCCGCCCAGCAAAUGGCUGGCAGCGGUGGUGGCGGCGAGGAAUAA